AUGUCUGGGCUGAUGCGUACCUCAUCACGUUCGGAGAGUGAGAACCAUUUCUUUGGGCAGUUUUGCAACCCGAAUUGUACGCUUGUUGAAUUCUUGGGGCAUUUUGAUUCUGUAAUUGAAGCCCAAAGACACGAGCACAGGAAGAAUGAUCACGAUACUAGGCACACGAACCCCCAAAUAUUUGCAAAAGAGUUUGUCUUAGAGCAACAGGCGACAAACAUAUACACACGGACAAUUUUCUUUGAUGCGCAACUUGAAAUUCAGACAGCCAUUCACAAGUGUGCUGUUGGAAAAUGGGAGGAUAGAGAGGAUAACUUUGUGAACUUCUCUGUGAAGGACUUUUUCUCAAACGUGUACUACAUUUUUUUAGGUUAUGAUGCGGCAGCUAGACAUGACCGUUAG